CCCCCAAAACCCCAGUCGCCCAGGUCGGCCUUAUUCCUCCCAGGCACAUGCACCCAGCCUCUCCAGCUCUGGCUGUAUGCUCCUGUGAAUCUUGCUCUCUCUUUUCUGAUGUUUGAGAAAGGACAUUCAGUUAUUUCAUAAAAGGGAGGAAUUUGGAUUCCAUAUAUGGAAAACGUUACCAGCACUAAUGUCCCUAGUCACGGAUAAACUCAUCCCCAGCGGAUCCACGGAUAGAUUACUUGUUUUAAUUCCAUAUAUAUAACUUACAGUGGUAAACUGCUCCUCAAAACAGAAGAAUGUCCAUGAGAAAGCAGUUUCAACUUCUUCUCUGGAAAAAUUAUAUUCUAAAGAAACGCAAGAUCCUAUCAAGCCUCUUGGAAAUCUUACUGCCACUGGUAUUUUCUGUAGUUUUAAUUUCACUUCGUUUGAGGAGUAAACCAGUAAAUGUGGAUGCUAUAAAAUAUCAUCCUAUUAUUCUUGAUGAUCUACCCAGUAGUUUCAUGGAAAGGUUUCCACCAGGUUUAUUUAUCCUAGCUUAUAUCCCUAAGAACGAUGGUGUUUUGAAGACAAUUGCUGAGAAUAUGGUAAAGCCCUUCAAGUUUCGAUUACUAGUUAAGGGUUAUUCUUCAUUUGAAGUUUUAUUCAAGAUAAAAGACAUCAUUCUGUGUGCAGUUAUUUUUGAUCAUGUCUUCCAAAACCAAAGUAAACAGCUGCCAAGUAAGGUAGAGUAUAGCCUGCGUUUUCUCUUCCACCAAAGGUUUCCUAAUUUUACGUACAGAGAAAAAAGAAGAGAAAGAUUUGAUGGAUGGAAUACACGCCUUCUUUUUCCACUUAAUUCAUUCACAGGACCCAGACAGCCUUUUGAAAAUGAUGGAGGAUUGCCUGGAUAUUUUCGAGAAGGAUUUCUGACCAUACAACAUGCUAUCAACAGAGAAAUCAUAUAUUCCUCCAUGAAUGUCUCUAUGAUUGAGCAGUUUAAGAAAAUCAACGUUAUUUUGAAGAGGUUCCCAUUUCCACCUUAUGUUCAGGACCCAUUCAUUUCAGUCUUAGAGGGUAAUCUUUCCCUGAUGAUCAUGCUGAGCUUCCUUUGUACCUGCAUCUUCAUCAUCCGUUCUGUUGUUCAGGAAAAAGAAAAAAAGCUGAAGGAGUAUAUGUGCAUCAUGGGACUCAGCAACUGGCUACAUUGGACUGCAUGGUUCUUCGUGUAUUUUAUUAUUCUCAUUAUUAUUAUCUUAAUUAUGAUCACACUCUUCUUUUUGAAGGUGAAAGAUAAUGUGGCAGUGCUCACACAAAGUGAUCCAUCUUUGGUGUUUUUAUUUCUAACAUGUUUUGCUAUUUCCACCAUCUCCUUCAGCUUUAUGAUUUCUGUGUUCUUCAAUAAAGCUAAUCUAGCAGUUGCUGCAGGAGCUAUUUUCUAUUUCUUCUCCUAUAUUCCAUUCCUUUACAUUGGGUAUAACUACUUUGAGAUGAGUCAUGAAAUGAAGCUGGUCUCCUGUCUCUUAUCAAAUGUUGCAAUGUCACUGGGAAUAAAGUUCAUAAUCUUCUUUGAAGCAAGAGGGUCAGGUAUUCAAUGGAGGCAUGUGUUGAAGAUUUCCGUGCAUGAUCGUUUGAACUUUAUGGAGGUGAUGGUAAUGCUACUAGUUGACAGUGUCUUAUAUAGCCUGGUGACCUGGUAUGUUGAGGCCACCUUUCCAGGGAAAUAUGGUAUACCUCAGCCUUGGAACUUCUUCAUGAUGCGCUCCUAUUGGCUUGGAAAACCUCAUACUUAUAAGGAAGAGCCAAAGGAUGAAAUAUACACAUCUCCGAUAAACCCUUAUGUUCAGGAUGAGCCUUUAGACUUGACUGCAGGAGUAAAAAUUUUGAAUCUGUCCAAGGUAUUUAGAACGGGGAAUGAUAUUAAAAGAGCAUUAAAAAACCUGACACUGAAUAUGUAUGAGGGGCAAAUCACUGUGCUUCUUGGGCAUAAUGGAGCAGGGAAGACCACCACCCUAUCCAUACUCACAGGUCUUUUCCCUCCUACGAGUGGAGAGGCAUGGAUCAGUGGAUAUGAGAUUUCAGAGGGCAUGGUUCAGAUCCGGAAAAGCCUGGGCUUAUGUCCACAACAUGAUAUCUUGUUUGAUCACAUGACAGUAGAUGAGCACCUUACCUUCUAUGUUCAGAUUAAAGGAUCAUGGAAUGCUGAUUUCUCUGAUGAAAUCAAUAAUAUAUUGACUGUUCUUGGUCUGGAGAAGAAGCGCCACACGGUUUCACAGUCCUUGAGUGGAGGAAUGAAGCGCAAACUCUCCAUAGGCAUCUCACUCAUUGGAGGAUCUAAGGUGGUAAUGAUGGAUGAGCCAACAUCAGGUAUGGAUCCAGUUUCACGGCGUGCCAUGUGGGACCUCCUUCAGCAAGAGAAAAGUAAGCGCACUAUUGUACUGACUACCCACUUUAUGGAUGAAGCUGAUCUUCUGGGAGACCGCAUUGCCAUCCUAGCAAAAGGGAAACUGCAGUGCUGUGGCUCUUCACUUUUCCUCAAGCAAAAAUAUGGUGCAGGAUAUCAUAUGACCAUAGUUAAGAAACAAUAUUGUCUUGUAGAAGAAAUUGAAAGACUGAUUUAUGAACAUAUACCAUCGGCCUCUAUGGAAAGCAAUAUGGGAGCUGAGUUAUCAUUUACCAUGCCUAAAGACAACAUAAGCAGAUUUGAAGCUUUAUUUGAAGAACUGGAAGACAGACAAGAGGAACUGGGCAUCUCUAGCUUUGGAGCCUCUGUUACCACUAUGGAAGAAGUUUUCCUUAGGGUUAGUAAAUUCAUCGAUUCCAACAUGGAUCUUCAGCAUAUCAACCGCCUAACUUCGCGUAACAAAGCCCUGGAGAAGAAUAAUAUUCAUUUGGAUGGCUCUGACAUAUUCCAUGAGAAUUUCAAUUAUAACAAUGCGUUCAAACUUGGUUUCCAGCAAUUCUAUGCCAUGUUGGUGAAGAAGUUUUCAUUCACUUGGUGCCACUGGAAGAUGAUGUUAGUACAGAUAAUUGCUCUUCUGAUUUGUAUCACAUUCACUAUCAAGGCCUUUAAAAUAUCUUUGGAGUCAUCGAAAACCCCCUUCUUACAGCUGAAGUUGAAUGUGUAUGGCGAAACAACUGUGCCUUUCUUCAUCUCUAAGAAUACUAGGCUGCAUCCAAAUCUCUCAGGUUAUGUCUCAGAUGCUAUUAAAGCUGAGGAACAACUGCCCAUGGAAAUUUCAUAUCCUAUGGACGAUUUCCUGAUUAACCAGGCAACAAAAGAUUGUGCUAUUUUUGAUGAAAAUUUCCUUGUGGCAAUUUCCUUUCAAGACCAUAAAGAUAAAACAACUGUCACUGCUCUCUUCAAUAACCAUGCUUACCAUGCUGCUCCCAUGGCCUUGGCAAUGGUGGAUAAUAUUCUCUACAAGUUGUUUUUUGACUCUAAGGCUUCCAUUACGACCACCAACAGCCCUCAGCCUCCACCUAAGACUGAUGCUGCUAUAGAGAGGUUAUUCCAGGGCCCUAAGGGACAUUUUCUUGCCAUUACCUUGAUGUUUGGAAUAUCAUUUUUAGUUAGUGCAUUUGCUAUUCUGCCAAUCAGUGAGCGAGUCAUAAAGUCAAAGCAUAUCCAGUUUAUCUGUGGACUCUCUAAAACGAAUUACUGGCUCUCUUCCCUAUUAUGGGAUCUCCUCUUCUUCUUGUUCUGCAGCUUGCUAAUACUGCUUCUCCUGAAAAUCUUGGAUGAAAAAGCUUAUAUUCAGAAAAACCACUCUCAAGCUACCUUGAUGAUGUUAAUGCUGUUUGCCUGGGCUAACAUCCCUUUGAUAUAUCUAAUGAGCUUCUUUUUCUCUGGGAUUGCUAGUGGGUGUGCCAAGCUCAUAAUUAUAAAUAUCGUCUUGGGAAUUCUUCCAUUCACCUUUAAUAGCAUCAUAAAAGAAAUGGACCAAAGUUUGAAACUCUUUUCCCAAAAAACCGAUAUUGUAUUCCAGUUAAUACCAAAUUAUAGCCUAGCAAUGGCUUUCUCCAGCCUGUAUUAUAACUAUGAAUUCAAUCGGUUCUGUAGAAGUCUGAAAAUUGGUAUGAAAGCGUGCCAAAAAAUAUACCAAAAUUAUAUACCACAAGAAAAUAUCUACGCGUGGGAGUCUCUUGGCAUUGGAAAGUAUUUGACCUCCAUGGCUGUAUGUGGCUUUGUAUAUCUUGGGCUCCUUUUCUGCAUUGAUACGGACUUCCUCUGGAAAAUGAAAAUCUAUUUCUCUAAGAUGUUUGAAAAAAGGAAAUUGUCACAGCAGCCUGAGGAGACACCUUACAUUUCCAGAGACCUAGAUGUGGAAGAAGAGAAAAUGAAAAUCCGGAAUUUCCUUCCAGAACUGUUGCCUAAAAUCCCUCUGAUUGCUCUAGAAAUCACAAAGGUAUAUGGCCAUAAGAAAAAAAAAUCUGUCCUUGCUGUGGACAAGGUCUCCCUCGCAAUCAAGAAAGGAGAGUGCUUUGGGCUGCUGGGCCUCAACGGAGCUGGGAAAACCACCACCUUCAAAAUAUUGACUGGGGAUAUCACCAUCACAUCUGGAGAUGCCUUUAUCAAUGGAAAAAGUAUCUCCAGUAAACGCACAGAGAUAAAGAAACAAAUUGGCUACUGUCCUCAGUUUGAUGCCCUGCUGGGCCACAUGACAGGACGACAACUUUUAAUUAUGUAUGCCCGGAUUUGGGGCAUUCCUGAGCAACAAAUUCAGUCGUAUGUGGCGGAGAUCAUCUUCGACCUGCUCCUGGAGACCCAAGCAGACAGACUUGUCAAAGACUACAGUGGUGGCAACAAACGUAAACUGAGUGCCGGUAUCGCCCUUUUGGGAAAACCCAAAAUUAUCUUCCUGGAUGAGCCAUCCACUGGUAUGGACCCUGUAGCCCGGCGCCUGCUCUGGAAUCAAGUAACCAGGGCCCGUGAGGCUGGCAAAGCCAUAAUCAUUACCUCCCACAGCAUGGAGGAAUGUGAAGCCCUGUGCACCAGGCUGGCCAUAAUGGUGAAUGGAAGAUUCAAGUGUCUGGGUAGCCCACAACAUCUCAAGAGCAAAUAUGGGAGUGGCUAUACCCUACUGGCCAAAAUUAAGAGCACCACUCCUAAGGAAAGAAAUUUAGCAAUUCAGGAGUUCAAAAUAUUUGUGCAAACAAAGUUUCCAGGCAGUAGACUGAAGGAUGAACAUCAAGGAAUGGUCCAUUACCACUUGCCCAAACAGAACCUUAAAUGGUCAAAGGUAUUUGGCAUCUUGGAAAAUGCCAAAAAUGAGUAUAAAUUGGAUGACUAUUCCAUCAGUCAAGUCUCGCUGGAACAAAUCUUCUUGAGCUUUGCUCACUUACAAGUCUCACUGUAUGACCUCUAAAGAGCAGACCACCAUACUUUCAGCUCCUUAACACUUCCCUAUCCCACUGUAAAUCACCACUGCACAUAGAAACACUAUGUAUGUGGGUAUGGGCGUAUAAUCAGAUAAAAAUGUAACAAUGACCAUUCUCA